AUGGCGCGCCGCACAUCUGUCGUCUUUGUGAGCGACAUCAAAGAAGAGCAGGUUGCGCAACUCCGCGAAAUUGUCCAGUCGCCUGCCCGUUUGGUUUUCUCGACUCCGCACAUGCGGGAAUUCUCAGAGGAGAAUUAUGGUGUUCCUCAUGGCUCUGUUGUCAUCCCACCGAUGGUCCCCGAUCCUAGCGUCGCCAUGACCUCGCGCGCCGACCUGCAGUCAACCGACAGGCCGUUAAAGUUUUGCUAUUCUGGCAAGGCAGACUCGCUGUACAUGUCGCUCGAGCUGGUCGCAGGCUUUCAAGAGUUUUUGCGUCAAAAUCCGACCACCCAGGUCUCAAUGCUCCUGAUGGUGAGCAAGGUGAAGGGCGACGCCGCAUUCCAACAGCAGCUCUCCGACCGCAUGGACGCUGCCGCUCCACACAUUGAGGUCAGGUCGGGACUCGUCCGAACCGAAGUUGCGCGCAUUUUACGAACAGAGUGCGAUGUCGGCCUUCGUUGGAUGCGGCACGACUCUGGCCACGAGCUGUCCACCAAGCUGAUCGAGUACGCAGCCAACGGUCUCCCUGUGCUUGUGAAUCGCUCGCCGGCUACCGAGAGCUUCUUGGGAGUCGACUACCCAUUCUUCCUGACCGUCGAUGGCGGCCCGAUUUUGACUGACCCGCUUCCCGAGGGACAAGUCGAGUUUAGCGAGAUUGAUGUUCAAACCUUGUCUGUCGCAAUGGGACAAAUGGUUGCGAAUCGCCAUCUUCUAGCCGAAAUCUCGGCCCAUGUGCGAAAGCGCGCCGAGCCGUUCUUUUUCUCGUCUGUCGCAACCACCGUUUUCGGCAUGGUCAAUCCUUACCGAUUUCAAAUGAAAUUUGCCAGCCAAAUCAUCAAGCAGUUUCGCGCACGCAGCGACGUCGAGGUGGAACUGGACAUGUGGAAAUCUCACACCGGGCACAACGAAACUCGGAGCAAGGAGCUCGCCGAGUGGGCGGAUGUCGUCUGGUGCGAAUGGGCACUUGGCAAUGCCGUCUGGUAUGCCGACAAUUUGGCCCUGCACAAGACUUUGGUUGUUCGUCUUCACCGUCAGGAAUUGGUCACCAAGUUCAUCCACACUGUCAAUUGGUCCCGCGUCGACCGCUUGCUUGUGAUUACUCCGUGGAUUUACGCCUCUGCAAAACAGUGGUUGCCUGCCAACGCCACUGUCCAGGUCGAAUUGGUGUACAACUCCGUCGACACCGAAAGUUUUCUUCGACCCAAAACCGACCAGGCUUUCCGAACUCUUGGUCUCCUUGGUUAUGUGCCUCUUAUGAAGCGCGUUGAUUUGGCCGUCGAAAUCCUUGUCGAGUUGCGUCAGACCGAUUCGACUUGGAAGUUGAUGGUCGCCGGUGAAUCCCCGUUCGCGUAUGAUUGGAUUAUCAAGCGGACAGAAGAAUUGAACUUCUACUACAACUUGGCUGAAAACAUUACGCAACUCGAGUUGGAGUCUGCUGUGCAGUAUUUGACCCUCCCCGUGUCUCCACCAGAAUGGUUUGAGAAUGUUGGCUACAUCUUGUCCACGUCCGACUAUGAGGGUAGCCAUCAAGCAGUUGCAGAGGGCAUGGCGGCUGGAAGUAUUCCUGUUGUCCGCAAUUGGAACGGAUCGGAACUCAUCUACCCGACCGCUUUGCACUUUAAUACACCGAAAGAAGCUGCUCAGCAGAUUCUCCAAAUGGAUGCCAGCUUCAUGGCAGUCGAGGGCGCGAAACGAGCUCGACUGAUUGCGUCCACUGUCACACCCUAUCUUGAAGAAGCGAACAACCGAUUUGCGCUGCAGCGAUGCGUGCAUGCGGCUUUUGGCAUGAUGCUGCCACCCGGCGUCCCGACCGUUGUCGCGUCAGAGACGGAAUGGCAGGCCAACUUUGGUUUGGAGAUGAUCAAGGCUACUCCGACGCUGCGGCAGCCCAUCGCUCCGCUGAACCCGCUCAAGGUGAACAUUGCAGUGUGGAUGAGCUUGGAGCUCAAGUCGGCUAUCGCAUCGUACAGCCAGGUUGUUCCACUAAACAGCACUAGUUGGCGCGAGCUGUUCAAAAAUGUCCAGUUCGACUUGCUGCUGGUUGCUGCGGAUGACUUGGAGGACCCGCUCGAGGCGUUUGGUGCCGACAUCAGCGAACUUGUUUUGAUGGCACACGACAUGCACGUGCCGUUCGUGUUUUGGGACGCUCGUGCAUCGGCCGAAUCGCUGCUGCCGACCGUUCAACCCCAUCAAAAGACUCUGGAAAUGGCGAGUGCAGUUUUUGUCACGACCAAGCUCCUUGAAGCCGAGUACGCCACGCUGCUGAAAGCAUCUGAGGUCCCGGUGCACCGAGCGUGGCACCCGAUUCAGCACCUUGUGCACAACCCGACCGGCUCUCGGCGUCCAAAGCUUGGCAAGAGCGUUUUCUUUGGGCCUGACGCUUCCUUGCAAGAGUAUCCCUCAAGCACGACCGCCUUGCUGGCUCCAGCCGUGGAGCAUGGUCUGGUGAUUUUUGGCGAUGCAACUGCGGUCGUGCCGAAAGAGUUGGUGACGGCGCUGCACCCUCUGCCGUUGCAACAAGAGACGAAUUCUACGUUGCGCCAAUUCCAAACAGGGCUGGUCGUCGGCCAACAAUCACACCAGCACCUUAGCCAAGCCGUUCACGCGGUCAUGGCAGGCACCGCCAUCAUUGCUGACUCUGCUUCAGUGGACGAGCUGCGACAAGUCCUUGGUUCGAACGGCUUUGUUGAGGCUGACUCGGCUGAUGCCGUUUCGGAUGCGUUGAAGCGCCUGUCCAGCUCGGCGCAGCGCGAGGCGCUGACUUUGAACGCCCAGCGGCACAUCCUCGCCUCACGCACAUACCAGCAUUUCCUGGGCGAGAUCUUGCAGGCAGCUUCAAUUUACACUGAGGCACAGUUUGCAACCGCAUCCGCUACUUCUGGUGUUUCCGUUGUCGCCUGCAUGGAGCACAAUGGUGCGACUGCCGAGCAAGAUUCUUCCUCGCUCCCAUUGGUCCCGUUGGUCGAGGAUGACUUGUUGGACGACAUUCUGGAGUGUCCAUUCCCCGAGCUCGAAGCGCACGUCGAGAGCUAUUUGCGCAUGGAGCAUGCGCAGAAGGAACUGGUCAUUGGAGUGUAUGGCCGACAGAUCUUCCCACUCUCAGAGCAUGCUCAAGCUCGCGUCGAAGCCACAUUGAAUGGAGAUGCCAGUGUCGCUGCCGACCUCUCGCUUGGGCUGAGAGACCUGUCAGAAAUGGUCGGUGGCACGAUCGAGCGCGUCCCUGUAUGCUCGCCACAACGGUUGUACCGCGCAGGAGCUGUCGAGCGCAUUCUCGCUCACCGCUACCCGUCCCUGGCUCGCGUGGUGUUUGAGACUCGCGAUUGGGGUUCUGGGCUGUGCAUGAAUCAAGCAGUCGUGGUUUCGGGGAAGCAGCCGUCGCCGAUGCCCCUGAUGCUCUUCCUCGAGUCGGGGCAUUACUAUGGCAGGAACUUUUUGACCGAUCUCGUCCCCAUCUUUGGCUUCACGGACGCCAAGAUUGUGGGCAAAAGCAGCGUCCACGUUCCUCUUCCUUCCGAUGUCGCUGAAGACCUGAGCGCGAAAGCCAGCCCCGACAGUCCAUUGAGUGCAGGGCUGUUUCACCGCCAACCCGAGGCAGAGAACGAGUUUGUCGAUGUGAUUACUGCGAGUGCAACUGCAAUUGUGCAGCGCGAGCUGUUCCAAAGCCAGUUGUCCUUCUCAAUCACCUCGUCGCGACCGCUGGAGCGAUUGCUGUUGGAAGCCCGCAACCAGCGUAUCGUCAUGUAUUCAGGAAAUCGCCAUGGCUUUGUCCACGUUCCGACGGACCAGUCAGGCUAUGAAGCGACGCAGGUUUCUGCCGCCAUGCGAAAGUUUGUCGAUGUGUAA